AUGAAGGUCGCAACCAUCCUCACCAUUUUGGUCGCCGCUGCUCUGACAGGCCCUAUCCAUGCAGGCCCACCAGCAACCCCACUGAGUACCUCCUCAGGCGUCGAAUCCCACACUUUCACCCUCCCAGACGAGGACGCCGCAUUUUUCGAGUCGAGGGUGGUCAAGUUCAACCAGACGGAGGCUGCUGCUAUGGCUGCCCAGUAUGAUGAAGUCGUCAAUGGCGUCAAUCCUCUUCGCCGAUCCAACGGCGUGCAAGUAGCCGCCGUUUCGAAGGACGUCGUCCCCUUCUGUGUCGGCUAUGCAAAGAACCCAGUGCGAGUCCGCGUUUUCAGAAACAAGAUGAGCUGCGACGGCAACGGCUUUUCCACCCUGUACAUCUUCACCGCUUACAUCAAGAAGGACGCCUACCUCUCUCCUCAGCCUAUGUGCACUGGAAUCAGCAAGGACGGCAAGCGCAGUAUGUUCUUUUCCGGCAAGACAACUUGUGCUGGAGGCGAGUGGAAUCAGGACUUUGCCUUCUUCGAGUCCGCCAAGAUUAAUACUCGAGUUGAGAUGUUCCAAGCAGCGAACCCACAUAGGAUGAUGCUCUACCCUGGUUAUGACGGCGGGGCACACGGAUGGCAGAAGGCGUACGACCUCAAGUACUUCAGCUUCUACCGACGAUCAACUGACAGCGAGAUGCAUACCUUCAAGGGCGAUUAUAUCGGACAUCUCCAGGUGCACAAGAAGAUCAAGAAGAUCUCCGCUCCAGCGGAUGUCGCCACGAAGCGAUGUGCCACGCUACUGAUUGCCGCCACGAUCCACCGUCUGAUUCCAAACAGUAACGGGUACAACCAUCCCGGCAAGGACCUUCCUGGCUACUCUGCCGACGCGUUCGAUGCCAAGUGCACCAACCUUGUCCUGUCCUCGUCCAUUGGUGUCAAGCGCGUCUUUGUUGGUGGCUUUGGGUCGAUCGAGGUCAACAUUGGCAAGAACACCUAUGCCGCCAUUUCUUUGAAGGCUGGGGAUGUUUUUCAUGUUGAGCUGACUCGCCUUGCUCUCCACGAGAGUAUGCGAUCGGGUCAACCCGUCAUGGUGUCGCAGAGCACUCAAAACCAGGACCAGUCUUGCAUUGCUUACAUCCAAGGCAACGCCUACACCAUCGGCGACAAGGCCAUCUGGACUGCACCCAUCUAA